UAACAAUUAAAGUAGAAAUGAGUAGCCAUUAGAGUGGUGAAGUUUUUGUAUUUAAAUGGAAGCCGGCACUCCCAGGUCUCCGAUUUGUGCAGUCAAUCUUGGAAUUUUCGGAAACGAUUCAGUCCUCGAUUUUCUCUGAUUCUGUUGGAGAAUUUCAAGCCUAGAUCUAUCAGUUUAGAUCUUAAUCACUCUCUAAUGGCCGCCGGUCGUCGGUCCGCCCGCGAUCAGUCUUCAAGUUUAUGGUUGUCAUCAAACCCUAGCAAGAGAUGGGGAGAAGUCUUCUUUCUUUCCUAUACUCCAUUUUGGCUCACACUUUGCUUGGGGAUUGUGGUUCCUUUUAAACUCUACGAGAGUUUUACUGAAUUGGAAUAUUUGCUUCUUGGAUUAGUAGCAGCACUUCCUUCCUUCUUGAUACCGGUGGUGUGGCCUGGAGAGGCUGACCGCUCUUUGCCGUGGAAAGAGCGUUAUUGGGUAAAGGCUAGUCUUUGGAUAGUAAUAUUCAGCUAUGUUGGAAACUACUUUUGGACCCACUACUUUUUCACCGUUUUGGGGGCAUCUUAUACCUUUCCAUCAUGGAGGAUGAACAAUGUACCACAUACGACCUUUCUUCUUACGCACGUCUGCUUUCUUUUCUAUCACGUUACAUCAAACAUGACUCUUCGGAGACUUCGGCAUUCUAUUGCUGACCUACCGGAGAAUAUUCAAUGGGUUAUGCUGGGGGCAUGGAUUCUGGCACUCUCAUACUUCAUCGCAUACUUGGAAACUGUCGCAAUUUCUAAUUUCCCUUACUACCAGUUUGUGGAUCGGGCUUCAAUGUACAAAGUUGGCUCUUUGUUUUAUGCCAUCUACUUCUUCGUCAGCUUCCCAAUGUUCAUGAGGAUUGACGAGAAGCCUGGUGAUCUUUGGGACUUGCCAAGAGUGGCCGUUGAUUCUCUAGGAGCAGCAAUGUUGGUGACAAUAGUACUUGAUCUAUGGCGCAUCUUCCUUGGGCCUAUUGUACCACUUCCCAUAAAGCAAUGCAAUGAACCAGGGCUGCCAUGGUUUCUUGGACAAACCAAAUGAUGCUCUCAGCAUUUAUGCUUCUGCGAAUGGCUCCAUCUUGUGUUGUACUAUAUAUAGUUUAUUGUGGUAGUUUUUGUUAUCUUUUUGGACUAUCUUAGACUUAAUUUGGUUAGAUACUUUUGAUGAAUGAUUCCUUCUACUGCUACAUAUUAUU